AUGAUACAAGACAAUACAAGUGGCAAGAACAAGGAGACCAGCACACAAAGCAAGGGAGCUGCAGUGGACAUGGCAACCAAUAGAACAAGAAAGAUGAGCACCUUCAGGCAGGAGACCUGCUGGUUGGGAGCCAGUAAUACAACUCCUCAGAGGCAGCGUUUUGCACAGAAUCAUGAAGGCAACCAUAUGUCUGCUAAUGAAACUGAAGGUGGAACAGGGAAACCUCAGCCAAAAGGACAAGAACAUUUGCCAUCAAAGAGCCUUUGUUCUAUUCCCAAACCGUCUAUCAUCUCUUCAAAACUGGGCGGCUUUCCUAUCUCCCUAGCAAUGGCCAUGAAGCUGCGACAGAGCCUCUUUGGAAACACUGCCCAGAUCUUCACUUAUGAUUGGAAAAAGGCCUAUUUCAAGUUCCAUGAACCCUUCUCUGACCUAGCUUUUGCUUUGGAAGUUGGAAAGGGAGGUGCCCGAGGCAUUCAGAUGGCCGUACAAGUAUCCAUCAUCAAAUACUUGUUGUUUACAAGGAAGGAAAAAGACUGUAACAUUCAUAGUUUACAUGAAAUAAGCAAGCAGGAUCAGGAACAAGCCAUGGUCAAGACACUCUCUGGUGUCCUGUGGGCUGCAGGAGAAGCUCAGAAGGCCACCAUUUGUCUUGUCACUGAAGACAUUUAUGUUGCUUCAACUUCUGACUACCCCAGGGAUGAUUUCACAGAGCGGCUCCAGCUGUUUGAAUUUCUAGAGAAAGAAGCCACUGAGAAAUUCAUCUAUGAUCAUUUACAAUGUCUCAAACCUGAAAGGAUCUUAUCUAAUAAGAUGGGUACCCACAUCUACAAAGGAUUCGCAGUUCUGAACAUGAUUUUAACUGGAAGAGCAAGUCCAAAUGUCUUUAAUGGCUGUCAAAAAGGAAGCUCUCAAGAAGUCUUGCAUGGAAUCCUGGCCCGCAGUGAUGUUGGCUAUUUGCAAUGGUGUAAGGAUAUCUCAGAGGGAGAUAAGAUGUCCCAGGUGGGCAGCAUGCUGAAGACCCCCAAAUUACCUAUUUGGCUGUGCAACAUUAAUGGAAAUUACAGCAUUCUUUUUAGCACAAAUAGGCAGCUCUUAUCAGACUGGAAAAUGGAACAGCUCUUUGAUCUGUACUUUUACAGCGGCCAGCCUUCACAGAAAAAGCCUGUGCAUCUGACAAUAGAUACUCACUCCCAUCACUGGGAAAAGAACCAACAUGAAGAUAAACAAGGACCAAAACGACGGUUUUAUCCAGUGGAGAUGACCAUCAGAACCAAGUGGAGAGAGGCCACCAUCAAGUGGAAUGGGAUGGGCCCCUUUUUCUAA